UUUUAAGGAUUUUGUGGUGGUAAUUGGUGCAGAGAGCGAUGGUUAUUCGCAACGAGAGAAAACUUUAAGCGGUUGUUUUCACCACAAGCCAUGGAGAGGAGGGAGGAGUCUUGUUCCAAACUUUCUCAUGGGAUGAUCUUCUUCUUCUUCUUCGUUUCUCGUUUCCCUCUCUGAUUCCUUUCCUCCAACUCCACCACCGUUAAAGAUCUUCAUGGUGCAAUGCCUACUUUUACAACAGUGGCUUUGGAUAGUUUAAUAGAACCAAAAGCUUCUAAGCUAGCAUCAACAAGGAAGACAAAACCUGAACCAAAACUGGAGAGAAGAAAUAGCAGCUCCACUCUUACAAAACAAGCCAGUGGAAUCCAUGGUGCUGAUGGAAAACAAGAAUUGGGAAACACCACAAUCACAAUGGAAAGAAAGCAUCAUUGGAAUCAAAUUUCACCUGCUCUUUAUGCUACUCCUGAACCAACACCACUUCCAGAUUCUCAACUAUCAUUUCCUUCAUCACCUUAUGUUGUUGACCAUAAGAGACGUGGACCUAGACUUUCCAAGACUUACUCAGCUGUUCUUCAUCGCGAUGAAAAAAAGACAGUUGAAAUUGGGAAAAGUUUAGAAGCAGAAGAUGUUGGAUCUAGCAAGGUUUUUGACACCAAAGAUACUGUUUCUAGUAAUGCUGAUGUUCCCCAUGUGAAGUUUCUGAAUAAUGGAGAUCUUGGAUCAAAAAAGGUUCUGAAUGUCAUAAAUACUGUUUCUGGUGAUGUUGAUGAUACGCGUGUCAAGUUUCAUCAUAAUGCAGAUGGACGUGAGAAUUCAAGAAAGCAUGAUGCAUUGGAAAGAGAAGGUGAAGUGGAUGACUUUUUUGACCCUAAUGAUACAAUGAGUGGAAGUGAUGGGGAAACUAAUCAUGUAGUAGAGAGGCCUUUAAAUGUCAACACUCCAUUUGCUGAGUUUUAUGAUGCUUGGGAAGAACUGGCAACAGAAACCGGAAUCCAGCAUAAGGCAACUGACAUUGAGGGGGAAUUACGUGAGAUGCGAUCAGGAUUUCUGUAUGAGAGGGAGAAAAGAAGGCAAGCUGAAAAUCGUCUGAAUGAUAUGAAAAGUCAAUGGGGGAGGAUUCGUGAAAAAUUAGCCAUUGUUGGAUUAAAUCUUCCUUUAGAUCCUACUGUAGUGGAGGAUGAUCAAACCAAAGAUCCUGGAGAAGAGAUAUGUCGCCAGGUUGAUGUUUUACGGUUUGUUUCCAAUUCCGUUGGGAAGGGAAUUGCAAGGGCGGAAAUGGAAUCACAAUUCCAGUCUAAGAACUUUGAGAUUGCUAGGUUGUUGGAUCGAGUGCAUUACUAUGAGGCUGUUAAUCAUGAAAUGUCUCAGAGGAAUCAAGAAAGUGUUGAAACCAUGCGACGACUUAGGCAAAAGAGGAAGAAAAGACAAAGGUGGAUUUGGGGUUCAAUUGGUGUUGCAAUAACACUUGGAAGUACCGCUUUAGCUUGGUCUUACCUCCCAACCGCAAAACCAUCAUCAUCUGAAUCCAACCGUUCCACUCAGUGAUCACUACCCCAAACCCACCACCACUGGGUUAGUCCCGAUUGUAAGUUGAGCUUUUUGAGAAGGUUGUAUAUAAUACAUAUUUUUCGGCGGUAAUAAAACAUUUUUGGCAGUAAUAAAAAACAUGUUAAUUAUAGUUUACAUCAUACAUGUAAACAAAAGUUACCAUUGUGAGAAUUUGUGGGGUGGAGAAAGAGAUCAUUGCAAGAAGUUGUGUCAAGACUCCUAGGUGUAAUUAUUCUUUUUGAAUUUCUUUUUUAUUUUUUAUUUGUUAAUUAAAGUUUAUGUUUUGCCAAAUUUAAGAAAAAAAGAUCUUAAAUUUGUGUUU